ACCUGCAGGCUGCUCCAUCAUCUGCCUCUCUGCAUUUAUCAAAAAGGAUGCAAUCCUCUAUUUCAGACUGUCAAUUUCUUCUUCUUCUCAAGCUCUCCUAGUCACCAGAGGGCGCUCCCUGUGCUGCAAAUCUCUAUGAAAAAAGAAAAACAACCCAAAGAAUUUAUAUUAUUUUCUUCCGAUGUUGCUCCCCGGUGAUGUCUGGACGGGCGGUUCGAGCUGAGACACGCAGUCGGGCAAAAGAUGACAUCAAGAAAGUGAUGGCAGCCAUCGAGCAUGUCCGCAGAUGGGAAAAGCGGUGGGUGACGGUUGGGGACACAUCUCUUCGGAUCUACAAGUGGGUACCUAUUGUGGACCCCCGAGAUGAGGAGAAAAGGCGGCUGGCAGGCAACAGCGAGCAGCAGCGGACCAAAGAGCGAAGAGCCCGCAUGCCCAGCCCUCGGAGGAACCCAGCCCUACUCAUGCUGGACCUCAAUGACGAGAACAGCAAUCAGAGUUCCAUUUCGGAGACCUCCUUGCUGAAAGGCGGGGACACCAGCCCCAGCUCCACCCUUGACCGCAGCCAGACUGUAACUCCCACCCCAUUAGGGGAGCUCAAGGCGGAGGACUCUCAGCCUCCUUUGUUGGGGCAGGAAGGAGAGUCUGGAGUGUUGCUUCUGGAGGGGACAGAUGAACCUCCCAUGCUUACCAAAGAAGAGCCGGAUUCCAAGACGUCAGAGACCCAGGACGCAGCAAGCCCCGCGAAGCCCGCGAAAGAGGCCUUCGAAGUACCAACGCCUGAGGCAGAACAGCCACCCGAGGCUCCGCCAUUGAAGCGCAUGCGCAGUGAGGCACAAGAUUCGGAGUCUAGCCAGCCCUCAGAUGCUUAACCUCUGGCCUGCUUUUGCUCUCCCCCAUCUCUUUUGACAGGGGAGGGGGAGGAGACUUGCUGGGAGAUAUAUAUUAACAUAUUAUGCUAAAAUAUGGUGGCCAGCCCACCUUUAUGCCACCUUGUCCACCUGGGCACUGUCACCAUUUCACUACGCUUGCUGCCCCCUGGUGCAGCCGCUGGGCAAACAGAAGACUGUUGUUGGUGAAUAAACAUGGCGGCCAUCCUUGGAUACCCUCAGAAGCCAUGUUUGUUUACAUUCAACAGCCCCUCCCCCCCCCACAGUGUGCAUGCAUGAUUCGCAGUAUUAAAAGGAAAUGUGCUGGUGGGGAGCAAAGCUCAAGCAAAGGCGGGUGGGGAGAUUAUGGUGACAAGAGGGGAACUGGGAAGGUUUCCUGAAAGGCCUGGUGGACCCAAUGCAUCAUAUAGAGAUCUCUGGCACUGUGAGAGAGGAAGGGAGGCAUAAGCACACUAGCCCAAAGAAAAAGGAACAAAGGCUUGAUUUAGGAAAAAUAAAUAAAUCAGGAAAGCCACAAAUUCCCAGGUCGUUUUUUUCUACCCCAGGUUAGAGAGCUUGAGGGCAUCUGUGGGUUUAAAAGCCAAGCUGCAUGGACCACCAAACCCACCCAAAAUCCAAAUUUUACAACUGGGAAGAAACAUCUGGCAAAUACAGCCAAAUAAGGAUCUUUGCUUACUUCCGUAUAAUUGUAUUGUUUUCAUUUUUUUCGAAGGAGAGGAUUGUGGAGGUGUUUCUGAGCUCUUCUUCAGAAUUGCAAAUUGCAUCAUCUCUCACAUAGUUUUCUAGGCACACAGGAUACUGUGGAGCCCAGAUUAAGGGAAGGAUAGGCCAUUAAUUGCUGCAAUAAGUCCUGGAGGCCAAAGCUAUGUAGAUGUUAUGCACUCUGCCUUGAAAGCUCCUUUGCCUAAUCCCAGAUAUGCAGGGGCUGCAUUUGGGGAAAGGAAAAGGAACUCUAUAUGCUUAGAAAAAACUCCCUGCAUUGUUGUUCCUUAAUGUUUGUAGAGCUCAAUUCCUUAGAACUGAAACAAUCUGGGGGCAGAGACCUCAUCACUUCUGACUCUCAAUAACUCAUGGCAAGGGAGAUGGAGGAGCUUGGCUUCUAUACCUGCCUCUAGAAGAAGGCAGGUUCAUCUCCAGAGGUGAGAAGAGGGAGCUGGAUGUGUCUGAGCCCAUACUUCUUGGACUGAAUAGAGCCCAGCCUUUGCUAGAAGGGCAUUGAGUGUUGUAGGUUGAAAGGUGGGCAUUGGAAGCCCCUCCCCCCGAUCCGGAUGCAAAAUUGGAAGGAAUCAGGAGGCAAAAAAGGUUCCAAACUAGUGGAAUAGUAGAGAAUCAAUCAACAUUUUGGGUUUAGUGGUGUAUAUACACUUUUUCUUUUCGUUACAGAGUUUGCUGUUCAACAGCAAGCUGUGUCUGUACAGGAGCUUCCACAUUUCCAUACCUUACCCCAAAAGUUGUUAGCUUUCUCUUUGGUUGCCUGGGCUUUGCUACUCCUUUCUGUUCUUCCUCCUCUCCCCACUCCUACCCCGCUUCCCAACCACUCUGUUAAGAUGGAGAUAUGGUGCCUUAAGAGCACUGUAUCUCCUUAAUACCAUCAUAUAAUAGUUCCUGGAUAACUGUGGCACUGCAGCUGAUAAUCAGGAGGGACGUUUUAACGCCAGAGGAUGCUGAUUUUGACAGGCUCCCACAAAUUGGAUGUGUUCAGUCCUUCAGUCCCACUCCUUGCUAGUUUUGCUCUUUGAUAAAAUGCCCUUCUUGUGACUUCUUCAUGUAACGAGAGGACUGAGGGGUGCUGGUUGUUUGAACAACGAAACCAAAUGCCUCUCCGGGUUUUAUGGGGCAGCAUUGCUCAUGGAUAUAACUGUGUACAUAAAUCACACAAGUGGAUGCUUCAGAUCCACCCUCUCUGCUAGCUGGCUCCCCCCCCCCCCGGGGCAGGAUGCCAACCAAUCAUAGCUGCUGGCAUCACCCCCUACCCACCUGGGCUGUGGGCAAUCUCCCCAAAUUAUUGGCCGUUUGUGCUGUUGUCAUGCUUUAGCCCUCUGAGCACAGCUCUUUUCUGCAAACCAACAACCUGCUUGCUCCCAGUUUAGCUUUUCAAGUCCAAAUCUGCACCUCACGUUCCUGCAAGACGCAGCUUUCAAGUGAUCUCAGUAACCAGGAACUCUGAAUUCAAGGUCAGCCCAAAUUGACUCCGAGCAGGAGCCAAAAAGAACAGGACUCAAACCCUUAUGCCUACCAUUAGGCAAGGUGAUAAUCCCCACAUCCCUCAGCUGUCAAAUUUCGGGAUAGCAUUAAAGAACAGUAAAAUAAAGUUGUUGGGUUUUUUUGAAAGAUAAAAAAGGGACUACAGGAACAUAUGGAAAUGCAUACUCUGUUGUUGGUCUCCCGCCUUCUUCCUCUUGUGGUUGGCCAAGGCUCAAUGGGAAAUACCUUUUCUGGAUCAAUUCAGUGCGCUUCAAACGUGACAAUUGCACAAAUCCUGCAUGUAGUCUGCUGCAUGUAACAGACCCAUGUGCAUGUACUUUCUCACAUGCAGCCGGCCCCAGUAAGUUACUCCACUUGUGCGUUUGCCUUGAAAAAGACAUUAGGGUUAUACUGUGGGGCCAUCAUGUCUCACGUGGUAUUUGCACAAUGUCAAGCAUGGAAAUGAUUUCCAUGUGGGAGCUUUUAAAUGUUCAACAUAGGCCCUUAAGCCGGCACUCAUUCAGCGAAGCCCUUAGUAGCAGCGGGAGUGUGCUAUUGUUUAUUUCAGCAAUAAUGUGUUAAUGUUUCUUUUCUUUUCUUACCUAUUGUUUUAUAAGCAAUUUUACAUUGUAAUUCUCUUGGUCUAUAAAGGAGAUUCCUCAUCCUGA